CAGAAGUGAGUCUUGGUAAGAAGAACAUCAGCAGACUUUUUGAGCAUAAGUCUUGAUUCGUUUUUUACUUUCUCCAUUUUCUUGACCCCUCAAUUGACGCUUUACUCAUUAAACCCUUCAAACUGCUCUUCCUUCCGCCCUUUCCACCUCCUCUCAAAAGUCGUCCACCGAAUGAACAAUGGCAUACAGCAAUGGAGACUCCAAUGGGGAUAGCAAUGGGGAUAGGAAUGGUCAUACCACCAGAAAGACCAACGGGAACGCCAAUGGGACCGCGAAUGGGAACGCCAACGGACACAGCAAUGGACACAGCAACGGAUACAGCAACGGGCAGACCUAUGGCAACAAAGAACAGCCAAAGUAUAUCGACUUCCCUCACCUGGAACCGGGUACUAUGCUUGAAGGAAAGCAAGCUCUCAAUCGCUGGUCCCAUAAAUUGACGAAGGAUCAUGAUUAUCCAGGCGCACAAGCGAUGCUCUAUGCUGCUGGUGUUCCAGAUCGUGAGACAAUGAAAACGGCCCCUCAAGUUGGAAUUGCAACCGUAUGGUGGGAGGGCAAUCCAUGCAACAUGCAUUUGAACAACCUCGGAAAGCUGGUCAAGACAGCAGUUGAGAACCAAGGUAUGCUUGGAUGGCAAUUCAAUACCAUUGGAGUCUCGGAUGGAAUUACCAUGGGCGGUGAGGGGAUGCGAUUUUCGUUGCAAACAAGGGAGAUCAUUGCAGAUUCGAUUGAGACUGUCACGUGUGCUCAGCACCAUGAUGCCAAUAUUUCAAUCCCAGGUUGCGAUAAGAAUAUGCCAGGCGUUAUCAUGGCUGCUGCUCGACAUAAUCGUCCAUUUGUCAUGAUCUAUGGUGGUACAAUCAUGAAAGGCCAUUCAAAGCUCCUGAAUAAGGACGUUAAUAUCAGCACGUGCUAUGAAGCCUCCGGUGCGUUUGUCUAUGGCAAACUCCAAGCUUUCGAGAGACCUGGCGACAAAGGCAGAACACCAUGUGAUGUUAUGGAAGAACUCGAGCAGAAAUCUUGUCCGGGAGCUGGAGCGUGUGGUGGGAUGUACACUGCAAACACUAUGAGCACAGCGAUCGAAGCUAUGGGUCUCUGUCUUCCUGGUUCAUCGUCAAAUCCUGCCACAUCUCCAGCUAAGAUGAGAGAAUGCGAAAAGGCAGCUGAUGCUAUCAAGAUCUGCAUGGAGAAGGAUAUUCGACCACGAGACCUAUUGACCAAGGAGUCUUUCGAAAAUGCUUUGGUACUGACCAUGGUUCUUGGUGGCUCAACAAACGCCGUCAUUCACCUUCUUGCCAUGGCAGGCACUGCGCAAGUUGACCUAACUCUAGAUGACUUCCAACGAGUCAGCGAUAAGAUUCCGUUCCUAGCAGACAUGGCUCCCAGCGGUAAAUACUUCAUGGAAGACCUGUGGAGAAUCGGCGGCACCCCAUCCAUGAUCAAAUUUCUCGUUGCAGCCGGCCUAAUGAAUGGCAAUAUCCCAACGGUAACGGGCAAGACCAUGGCUGAGAAUGUUUCAUCCUGGCCCUCUCUUCCUCCAGAUCAAGCUAUCAUUCGCCCUCUCUCCAAUCCUAUCAAAGAAAGUGGCCAUUUGCAGAUCCUUCGCGGAAACCUGGCGCCAGGAGGUGCUGUGGCUAAGAUUACCGGGAAGGAGGGGCUGGUAUUUACUGGAAAAGCGAGACUGUUCAAUAAAGAGCACGAGCUCAAUACCGCCCUGAGCAACGGUCAGAUCCCUCAUGGUGAGAACUUGGUUUUGGUUGUGAGGUACGAGGGACCUAAGGGUGGACCUGGAAUGCCUGAACAAUUGAAGGCUUCUGCCGCUAUCAUGGGUGCUGGCUUGACAAACGUGGCUCUCAUCACUGAUGGAAGAUACUCCGGCGCCAGUCACGGGUUUAUCGUUGGCCAUAUUGUUCCAGAAGCUGCUGUCGGUGGUCCCAUCGCAGUAGUUAGAGACGGUGACACAAUUACCAUCUCAGCCAAGACCAACACCUUGAGUAUGAAUGUCAGCGACUCUGAGAUUGCUGCCCGACUCAAGGGCUGGAAACCACCUAAGAAGAAUGUCAAUCGUGGCGUCCUCGCAAAGUACGCCGCUCUUGUUGGAGAUGCUUCUCAUGGUGCCAUAACGGAUCUAUUUUGAAUGCUCAAUUUAGCGCUUGCGUCUUGUUGGAGUUUUUCUUAUCAUCCAGAUUGUUUAGACAUGACUUUUAGUUCCGAUUAC